UACCUCACAGAGGAGCCUGGGUGCCUCAUUUCUGAAGUGAGACUAGGAAGAGAAGAUGAACAAUUCCCCGGAUUAUCUAGCCUACCCUGUGAUCGUCUCUAAUCAUAGACAGAGCACAUCAUUCAGGAGGAAACUGGACUUUGGCCACUACGUAUUUCAUCAGAAUAGACUACAAAUAGUGAAGCCUACUGUUGAUACCAAGCUUCCAGUGGUACACACACAUCACAUUUUAAAACUGAGCAAACUACAGGGUGAACAGAAGAAAUUCGACAAAAUCGAAUAUGAAAACAAGCAACUGUGUCAGAAGAUCGCCAACGCCCACCGCGGCCCCGCCAAGGUGGAUUGCUGGAACGAAUAUUUCUCUAAGAGAAUUCAAGGCGCUAUAUCAGAAAUACAACCAAAUAUCUUCUCUCCUGAGAUGAAUAGGUUACUCACCAUGGAAAAACAAGAGAAGGCCCUAGGAUUUCUUAGCUGCUUAGGAUUUCAAGACACUGCUAAGUGGCUGAAUGCUCAGUCUUAAGAUGCUACAAUAAAGCUUGGAACAUAA